AUGGGUAAGCCACAAUACUUACAAAAGUUUCGUAAAGAAUGGCUUCAAGACAAAGACUUAAAAAAUUGGUUACUUGAAAUUGAUACAAAUUCCUCUAAAGCCAGAUGUAAGUAUUGCAAAACUGAAAUUAAUGCCAAGCGGUUUGAUUUGUUGAUGCAUGCUAAAUCAAAAAAACAUUUAAAUGCUGUUGGAGUGGUGUCGACGUCUAAGUCAAUUUCAACAUAUGUUAAAGAUUCAGUAGCCUCAAAUGCAGCUGCAGGGAGUUUAAGUUUAUUUAUUGCUGCUCAUUGUUCGAUAUUAUCUGUGGAUCACUUAGGAGUACUUUGUGCAAAACAGUUUAAAACUAGUGAAGCAGCCUUAAAUUUAUCAUUGCACAGAACAAAAUGUACUGCUAUAAUAAAUUCGGUUUUAGCCUCACAUUUUGUGUCAAAUCUGAAGCAAAGUAUUGGUGAUAGUUACUAUAGUAUUUUAAUUGAUGAAUCAACAGACAUAAGUGUGAACAAAUUUUUAGGUAUAACUAUUAUGUUUUUACACAGAGAAAUUGGUGAAGUUGUAUCAACUUACUUAAGUUUAGUUGAAAUAGAAGCUUGUGAUGCACAAACAAUAACAAAUACUAUUAAACAAACACUUAUAAAUAAAGGGCUGCCAUUAAACAAAUUAGUAGGCAUUGGAACUGAUAAUGCAUCAGUGAUGAUUGGAGUGAAUAAUGGGGUAUAUAAGAAGCUAAAAGUUGAUGUUCCUUCACUUAUAUUAGUACCAUGUGUUUGUCACUCUCUUCAGUUAGCUGUGUCAGCAGCUGCAGCUGAAUCAUUUCCCAGACAUAUUGAUUUUUUAAUAAAGGAAACUUUUAAUUGGUUUGCUCAUUCGUCAUUAAGACAAAAUGAGUAUAAAACUUUGUAUAAAACAAUAAACGAUGGUCAUGAUCCUCUCAAGAUUGUAAAGUCUUGUGGUACUAGAUGGUUGUCAGUAGAAUCCGCUAUAAGUAGAAUUUUGGAUCAAUGGCUGGAAUUGAAAACAUUAUUUAAUAUAGUUGGAUUUAAAGAACGUUGCUACACCGCUGAAGUUCUGUAUAAUAUAUAUAAUGAUGAAACAAAUUUGGCUUACUUACAUUUUUUAAAACCUAUUUUAUAUGAGGUACAGUUGGUAAACAAAUCGUUUGAAUCAAAUUCAGCAGAUUUAACAAAAUUAUUAUCAGAUUUGACCAAUUUAGUAAAGUCAGUUGGAAAAAAAUUAGUAAGUCCAACAUGUAGAGAAAGUUUAUUGUCAUGUAAAAACAUUGAAAGUUUUGUAUGUUCUAAACCAUACUUGGGAUAUAUGUUUGAAAAUAAAAUUAAAGAUACGAAAAUGGAUUCAAAUGCAGAAAUGCAAUUAAGAAAUCGAUGUCAAAAGUUUUUAAUAUUACUUUUUAAACAGCUUCAACAAAGACUUCCCCAUAACAUUCAGAUUCUUGAAAAUAUUUCAGUUCUUUCAAUAAAAAACACUCUAAGUCUAAUAAAAGAACCAAUCAUACCAUUAACUAACCUAAUGCAAUUAGAAAAUGAUCAAAUAAGUAAAAUUGAAGUUCAGUGGAACAAUAUUUUAAAUGUAAAAUGGAUUGAACAUACAAACACUCAAAAGUUUUGGAGCGAAGUUUCAAAUUAUCGUGAUGCAUCUGGAUCAAAUCCAUUCUCAGAACUAAGUGAAUUUGCUACAAGAUUGCUCGUGUUGCCUUGGUCUAAUGCCGAAGUGGAGCGACUUUUUAGUCAAAUGAACUUAGUAAAGACAAAGAUCCGUAACAAGAUAGGUACAAGGCUAUUAGAUUCACUUCUUACAAUAAGAGCCGGAUUACGGAGACACAAAAAAUGUUGUUCGGAUUAUGAGUUACCUUAUGCCGUAUUAAAACAGAUUGGUAAACAGGAAAUGUACCAAAAACAAAAUAUACCAACAUCUUUUAAUUCAAUACAAUCUAGUUUUUCAACUAUUCACAUCUCUGAAAACAACGAAGAAGUUAUAAUUGAUGACCCUAGUUGGUUUUAA